GCGGGGCUUGUUUUCAAACCCAGACGCAGGCACAUACCAAUGAAGAUGGCGGCGGUGGGGUCCGCCAAAUCCGCUGGACUGGGGCAAAGAGGUAAAAGCAGGCCUGGCACUCUCGCUGCUCCACUGAGUUUGGAGGAGUCCCGGUGUCCGGUGUGCUCCGAGAUUCUCCUGGAGCCGGUAACGAUGCCAUGCGGACACUCGGUGUGCCUGCAUUGCUUCCAGCGGACGGUGAAGUUAAUCAGUCUGUGCUGUCCUCUGUGCCGGCUGCGAGUGUCCAGCUGGGCCCGUAAACAGUCCCGGGAGAAGAGCCUGAUCAACACCGAGCUCUGGGAGCUGGUCCGGCUCAGUCACCCGGAGAGAUGCAGGCGCAGGCUGGAGCAGAGAGACCGAGAGACCGCGGACGGAGAAAUUUUCCGUGCACCUGUACCAAUUCAUAAGUCUGGAGAAAUGCGUCAAGAGUACGAGAAACAAAAGAUGAAGGGUGGAGGCAGUGAAGAAACUGAAGAGCGAAAGAAAAAAAUCCACAGAAAAGAAGACUGUGGGAUGCUAAAACACUGUCAAUAUCCUUUCUGUGGAGUGUCAGACUCUGAGAAUGAAGAGCCGGUGGGAAAGAGGACCCGACAUGUUUCAGCAUUUGUGCGAAAAACUGCUUUCAAUAGAAGUUGUCUUAAUAGCAGUGCUGUCCAGAGGAGCAGGAGCUGUACAGAUUCUGAGGAUGGAAGAGGAAAAAAUAGAGUUCACGCACAUCAUGCCGGUCCUGACAAGGCUAGCAUCGCACAUAGUUACAACGCUGGAAUCCUUCUGUCCUCGGAGAACAGUCGCUCUUUCUCAGCACCAGUACUGACCUUAGAUAAGAGACACCACUGGCGGGGCAUCCACACCUCAUCCGCUUCCCUCACGCUUCAUACCAAACCAGAGAGGUCUAUUAGCCCCGAGAGCAAUGACAGCAUAUCGGAAGAACUCAACCAUUUCAAGCCUAUUGUCUGCUCACCGUGCACUCCACCCAAAAGGAUGCCCGAUGGGCGACUUUUGGAACCAACGAUUGUGAAGUCAACCCCUAGGAACUUGACACGCACUCUGCAGAAGUCCACAAGCUACGAGGCCAGCCCAACCAUCUUGCAGAAGUGGAAGCAGAUUGAAGUUGAUCGUCAGUUCAUCAAGGUGAACUCAAAAGGUACAGUCACAAGUCCGAUCGCAGAGGAUCUUAGCCUUAAACUGAGUCCGGUUGAAGAAUGGGACAGCCAACUCUGCAGCUGUGAUGUAGCCAAGGACAGCUUGCAAGAUCAUCAGUGCAUUUCUGUAUCAAGUGCUAAGGAUCGGAAGGAUAAACCUAUAGUCUGUAAUAAACGACGGCUUGUAUUUGAUCAGGUUAACAAAGAGGAAGGUACACAGCCAGCUAGCGCUCCCAUCAGGUCGAUAACUCAAUCCGUUGCAGAUACUUCAUCCGCAAAAGGGCGAAGCAAAUGUGAAGCACUCUGUAAACCCACAGAAAUUUGUGAACCGUUGCUUGAUAAACACAUUGGACACUGUAAUCAGGGUACUGUAGACCCAGAGAACUUCAUAAAUGAGCCUACCACAAGGAGCUGUGUUAACAGACCUACCUCAAGAAGGAGCAAAAAGAGAAGCCACAAAACCAAACAUUUGGAAGAGACCCUACAGACAAAAAUAUCCCGGACAGAUGUCUGUGACAGGUUUGAUGAUCUGAUUGUCCAGCAAAUAAAUCAGGAAAAGGAGGACAGAGAACUGGCACUAAAGCUACAAAGAAAGUUUGACAGAGAAUUCAAAAAAGUAGACAGGCACAAAACAAGUCGUAACAAUUACGAACUCCGGUCCUGGGCUACAAAAGAUGGGAUGGUAGGACACAGUACACGCAGAUCAGGAAGAAUCUCCAAAUAAAAUGAGCACUUUAGCUACAGCUGUUAAAGCAUCCUCCAGUUAUGGUAGUGUUUUAUUGAAAUGAUUUGUCACCGUCACAAACGUUUUCUUUCUUGAGGCACUACAGAGGCGUUCUAACAUCUGGAUAAGUAUUGCAAGAUAAGGUUUUUUGCUUUUUUGACUUUUUAUCCAAAGCAACUUGCGUUAAUCGAGUCCACCAAGAGCAGAGGUGCCAAUCCUGUUCCUGGAGAUCUUGCAAAGUUUAGCUCCAACCCUGAUCAAAUACAACAGAGCCAGCUAAUUAAGAUCUUGAGCAUUUAGUAAUUACAGCCUGGUGUGUUGAUCUGAACUCUGCAGGUAGAUCUUCAGGAACAAGUUUGGGCGCCCAUGACCUAGAGCAAGCAAGUGCUUUGCUUGCAGCAGAAUUGUGGUAAGACAAGUGUGGACUCUCAGGAACUUUCCCAAAUAUGAGGAUCUAGAUCAGUGAUCCUUAAAUCUGGCUCACGAGAUCCACUUUCCUGCAGAGUAUAGCUCCAACCAUAAUCAAACAAACCUACCUGUGAUUUUUCUAUUGACCCUGAAGACACUUAUUAGCAACCUCAGGUGUGUUUGAUUAAGGUUAGAGCUAAACUCUGCAGGAAAGUGGAUCUUGUCAGCCAGAUUUGAGGAUCACUGAUCUAGAUUUUAAGCUGCAAUGUUUUGUUUCAAGCUCUCGUACUGUUUAACUGGCUUCUACUACUCAAAAAGAGAGGAAAUUAGGUGUAUGCUGUUUGGGAGAAGAAAAACGUACAUAACUAUUUAUAAAAACUCUAAAAAGAUUUUUAGUACUUCAAGCCAGAGAUGACAGUACUCCUUACAAUCUUAUUGUGAUCAUCACAAUCGCUCUUCAAGAAAUUAUCAUAGAACAUUUGUUGAAACAGGUGUUUUGUACAAAAAUUGUAGCAUAAUCCUUUUCCUUUGGCUUUUAUAUAUUAUUGUUAUUGUUAUUGUUGUUGAUUUGUUUUUUACAAUUUAGGUAGAAAACAGUAAAAAAUUGCAGCCUUGGGUCAGAAAACUACUCUACACAAGUACAUAGACGCAAAUGCUUGUUCAACAAAUUGCAAUUGUUGUAUGUAACCUCUUUACUUUGUUCUUGUUGUACUUUGGUGGAAACAAACCUCAGUACUCAAGGCAGUGAUAUAAUUGCCUUCAAAUGUUUGUGCCAUUAACCAUGUUGUAUUAUUUUUUUAGCUAGCUAGCUAUGAGCGUAUUGGCAGUUUAAGGCAGGGUAGGUAGUUUAGUUCAAAAAUGUUUUAUGUUGGUUGAAAAUCUCUUCACAUUACUGAACAAUCACUAAGUUAAGUGGUCUAAAUAUCUAUAUCGGUUUCUAUAUUAUUUGUAUCAUCUGUGGAAGGCGUUGGACCAUAAAAUGUCCGAGGGCUACCAUAGGCUGUCCUACCUGCCUGUCAACAUAUGUAUUUGCAUACCUCUGCACUUCGUACUGUAAUGUUAUCUCACCACUGAAUGAGACAUAAGGUAAUCUGUCACCGUUGCAUUCAGUCCUCCUCCAAUGCUGUUUCUCUUUGUGUCACUGCUUAGCGUCUGGUCUGCCAGUGCGCAUUCAUGUUUGCAGGAGGCGUGGCUUUGCAGAGUGAUUUGCAAGGAGGGUGGGAUCUUAUGCUUUGAAAACUAGCUUUCUAUUGUUAGCCUCUCUGAAACGGAUCGUAAAUAGUUCACCAUAGACAAUCCAUAGAGGAUCGUUGAUAACGGUUUAUGCCUGUCCCUGUUAUAGCACCCCUUGUGGCAGUGAUGAGAAUUCUAUUAACACACAUACUGGUGUUGUUACUUUUUUUUUAUAAGUAACAUUUAAACAUUUAUUUGUCGGAAAUCAAACUUGAGUAUCAAGAGCUUGUGUUUACAUGUUUGUGUAGAGUAUUUUGGGGCCUAACUAUGUUAAUAAUAUUACUAUACUGUUUUUCGCUAUUAAGUAAAAUAGUUAUAAAAUAGUUUGGGAUUUUAAAACGCUAAAAGCAUUGUGUAAGUGUUGACAUUAAGAUUUCUAAAGAAAAUCUUUUAUUAUUAUUAUUUAAAGCCUAACUUUUUUCUGUAUUUAAGUGUUUUGACCCUUUUCAAAUUGUAAUCUGCAUUUGGACUUUUCAAAUUAUGAAACACCACAACAAUAUAAAAUAAAAAAUAAAAAACUUGAUUUGGCAACCAGCCAAAGUAGUAUGAGAAUUUUCUUUAAUACAAUAGUUUUCUGUCAUUUAAUUUUUUAUAGUUUACCCAUAUUUCACUUGAUGUUCACACUAAUCUUAAGGGCUACUUUCAUUUCAGAACCAUAUCUACAUUGAACAAAAUUAUAAACGCAACACUUUUGUUUUUCCUCCAUUUUUCAUGAGCUGAACUCCAAGAUCUAAGACUUUUUCUAUGUACACAAAAGGCCUAUUUCUCUCAAAUAUUGUUCACAAAUCUGUCUAAAUCUGUGUUAGUGAGCACUUCUCCUUUGCUGAAAUAAUCCAUCCUCCUCACAGGUGUGACAUAUCAAAAUGCUCAUUAGACAGCAUGAUUAUUGCACAGGUGUGCCUUAGGCUGGCCACAAUAAAAGGACAACCUAAACCUGCAACCAUAUACGUCUGCAUUAAUCCAAACACAUUUGAAAAUGGCCUUUUCAUUUUAAAACACUCUCUGUCCACAAUAGCAUUUUCAACCAUUUUCCAAAAGUGUCUCAUCCACAGAGGAACAUCAGAAAAUGUUAAAUUCACUUUCUGCGCAUUCGUAAAGCCUCAAAAAGGCUCACUACAGAUUAUACACAUGGAACAGACAUGAGACGUUUUCAUGCAGUUUUUCUGCCAGGAAAUUUGAUUUAUUUUGUUUACGAAAAGAAUUCACUAUUCACUGACGUGUCCAGGUUGCUCAAACUCACGGUUGUAUGUCUGCCCUCAUGUUUUGCCGCAAAUAGAAAUCGUGAGUAAAUUUGCUUUCAUCUUUUGCAGGACUGUGAUAUGAAGAGUAUACAAAUUAACACAUCUAUAGCAAUAGUGUGAAAGUGCAUAGUGUGCACGAUUGCAGUAUAAACACAGAUAUCUAUUUGUAUAAUAUGUGCAUCAGAUGACUAAACUUUUAUCAUCGUUUUCAAUAGCCUCCGUUUUCACAGUCCACGAUACAAUGCGAAAACCACGUUUUCAAAUUUAUCCACUUUGGAGAGCGUUUUCAAAAAGCUCAGUUUUCCUCGACUAAAAACGCCAUCUUGGUGUGGACGACAGGCUAAAAUGGACAGAACAAGAUGUGUUUUCAAACAAAAACGUAUCAGUGUGGACACGGCCUCGUAAGAGCAGUUUUAUCACACAGCACAAUGCAGAUUUGUGAAAAAUAUUUGAGAGAAACAAACAAAAAAAAGUCUUAGACCUUUGACGUCAGCUCAUGAAAAAUGGGGGCAAAAACAAAAGUGUUGCAUUUAUAAUUUUGUUCAUUGUAUUAAGCUUUGUUUAGUAGAGAGACCACAUGCAUAUGCACAGACAUUUAAUCUUUAAUCUUUAUUGCAAAUAGAUACAUUUCUAUACUGUAUACUUUGUAAUGUGCCAACGUGUGAUUUCUGCAAAUCAAGGAAUCUUUCCUUUUUUUAUCAUUUUUUUUAAAUGUUACUGUACUAUUUUGGAAACAUGACUUGCCUAUAUUGAUACAGAUGCAAAGAUGUUAAUAUGAGCUGUUUCUGAUGGGCUUUCAAAGCACUUGGAUUGUCUUCCACUGUUGAAAGGAAUUGCUGGAUUUGGAUGUUGCAUAUGUUUGGACUCUGUGGAGAUGUAAAGCACACAUUAUAUUUAUUUGAACAGUA